UGCCCCCGCCAUUUCUGAUAAAGUUAAUAAGCAAUGCAGUAGAAAGUUGCAGCCUAAGCCUCGUGAGAUAUUGAGCACUGCUGAGCUCAUCGCAGCAGUUGGCCAGAUAUGGGAUUGUGCAAGUCGUCCUCUUGGUUUUUUUCAACCCAAGGCACAUUCAAACCAAAAUGACGGUGGCUGUCAGAAGGAGGUAUUCUUGGCUGAUAUAGGUGGGGAAGGAAAUGACACGGCACCUAUUUCAGCCAAGAGUGAGUACUUGUCUGUUGAUUUCAGGAAUUUUGGUCCAUUUCCACCCGCAAUCCAAUCGAGUUUAGAUUUUCUGCAGGUAAGUGAAAAGAUUUCAGUAUUCGAACCUUGCAGUAGAAGUUAUUCUCAUUCAUCAUUUUGGAGGUUUUUGCAUGAUGGUGCGAGUGUGUCUCAAGAAUCUUGGAGGGGAAAUGGGCUUGCAAGUUUAGAAGUCUCAUACCAAUUGGGAAGUAUAUAUGGAUGGAUGGGUGAUAUGAUUUCUUCUGGGUUAAACUGCCCAGUCAAAGUGACUGAGAUUGAUAACAGAACUGGUCAGUACUGCAUUCCAGGAGAAACAGUGAGCAUUGCAGGCCGAUCUAUUUCAGGAGAUACAACUAGUCAUUCAGAGAAAUUGGCCGCAAAUGCUGAAAAUCCUGCUGUAAUUGAAUGUUACAAAUACCAUUUAUCAUCAUAUGAGAAUGGAAACUUGGAGAUGGAUAGAAGCACCUCUCUGUCUUCUGAUUACUUCCUGAGUUCAGUAGGCAGUGUGGCAGAUGGUAGUAUUUCAAGGACCCCAUAUUCUAAUCUAUAUACGGACUAUCAUAUAGACUCGAUUGUUUCCUGUAAUGAUGUGUUUGAAGAAUGUCAUCCUAAGACAGAUCAUCAUGAACUACUUGGGAACAAAAAGAAACGAUCCGAAAAGUAUAUUAUCCAAGAUGAAUGCAAGGCAGAGAUCUGUGCAUUAGCAUGUGAAAAGCGUCGUUAUACUCUUCCUAAGCAAGAGCAUGCCUUUGCAGGUGCAUUGUCUGGAGUAUUUGUUAGCAUUUGUCUUCAUCCUGUUGAUACAAUUAAGACUGUUGUUCAAUCCUGCCGAGCUGAGCAGAAGUCUAUAUACGACAUUGGAAAAUCAAUUGUGUCUGAUAGAGGUUUAACUGGACUUUAUCGUGGUAUUGCGACCAACAUUGCAUCAUCGGCUCCAAUUUCUGCAGUUUAUACUUUCACAUAUGAAUCAGUCAAGGGUGCUUUACUUCCUCUUUUUCCAAAGGAGUAUUACUCUUUUGCCCACUGCGUGGCAGGCGGUUGUGCAAGCAUUGCUACUUCCUUUAUUUUUACUCCUAGUGAGCGUAUAAAGCAGCAGAUGCAAGUUGGUUCACACUAUCACAGCUGCUGGAAUGCAUUUGUUGGAAUCAUUCGGAAGGGAGGUUUGCCAUCACUGUAUGCUGGAUGGGGAGCUGUACUCUGCAGGAACGUUCCUCACUCAAUUGUCAAGUUCUACACAUAUGAAAGCUUGAAGCAAUUUAUGCUGUCUCCAAAAGAAGCUGGUGUCCAACCCACCACAUUACAAACACUAGUUUGUGGAGGAAUAGCGGGAUCUACUGCUGCUUUAUUUACAACUCCUUUUGAUGUUGUGAAGACAAGAUUGCAGACUCAGAUUCCGGGUUCUAUGAGCCAGUAUAAUGGUGUGAUUCAUGCCCUUCAGGAAAUAGGAAAGAGUGAAGGUCUGCAAGGCCUCUACAGGGGAUUGACUCCGAGAUUGAUUAUGUAUAUGUCUCAAGGAGCGAUCUUCUUUGCAUCGUACGAAUUUUUCAAGAGAUUGUUCUCUUUGGAGAGUCCCCAAACCGAUGUUCAAAGAAUUCAAUACAAACAAAAUAUGGACAAUGAUCCAGUGCUGCCAUCAUCAAUUCCAUCACCAUCUUCACAAGCAUCAUCUGAACUGCAUGCUCAACAUUCAUGACCAGAGAUACAAGAAUUCUUCAGCUUUUAUAGGAGAAUGAUUGCAUUCAAAUUUUGUAUGUGAAAGUUGUUGAUAAGAAAAGGAUGUACGGUCGGCGUAGGUGCAAAUGUGGAUCAAUAUGUGCAGAUGUGUAUCGAUAUAUGUAUAAUUUUGUGUCCAUUUUUCUAACA